AGGAGUAUCUGGAUAUAGCAGACUUGAUGUGUGAAGCAUGCAGAGUGACAUAAAGUGAUAGUACAGAUCUCUACAGCUGUCUAGGAAUAGACCUCUCUGCACCUGGACUUCUGAUUUGUUUCCACUGAAACUUGAAUUGGACUUCUGCUCAGGGGAUACAAGGACAGAAAAGAGCAAUCGAGAAAAUGCCAGAAGCCUAUGUGACUCUGGCAACUAGUGAUCCCUACUGCAUGGGAUGUCUUGUAGUGGGAAAGUGCUUGCGAAGGCAUGGAACGACUAAAAAUCUAGUGGUUAUGAUCUCUCCCAGCGUUAGCACAGAAGCACGUUUGUCAUUAGAAAACGUGUAUGAUGAGGUUAUAGUGGUGGACUUGUUGGACAGCAGAGACAGGGCGCACCUUUCCUUGCUGGGGCGUCCAGAACUGGGAAUCACUUUCACCAAGAUCCACUGCUGGACGCUCACACAAUACACCAAGUGUGUGUUUCUGGAUGCUGAUACACUUGUACUUUGUAAUGUGGAUGAGCUGUUCGAACGAGAGGAACUCUCCGCAUCUCCAGAUCCGGGCUGGCCCGAUUGCUUCAACUCUGGUGUGUUUGUGUUCAGACCGUCACUAGAGACCCAUACACGUCUGCUGGAACAUGCUGACAUGUACGGAAGCUUUGAUGGAGGUGAUCAGGGACUUUUAAACUCCUUCUUUAGUGACUGGGCAGUGAAGGACAUCAAUAAGCACCUACCGUUUCUUUAUAACCUUAGUGCCAAUGCAAUCUACACAUAUUUACCUGCUUUCCACAAGUAUGGUCAUCAGGCAAAAAUCGUUCACUUCCUGGGCCAAUCCAAGCCCUGGCAAUUGCCUUCCAACCAACAUUCACUAAGUGGAGCUGAUCCCAACAGGAAUUUGGAGAAAUAUUUACAUUUGUGGUGGGUGGAGUACUACAGCCACAGAGAAGCACAUGUACCAGAGUCCCAUGAGCCCAAGGAUUCAUUGCUUAUUGAACCUCGAUCACAGCCCUUGGUACCAUCACACACAACAAUUCAUCCUCAAAGCCAAGUUUCAGACCUAGAGUCCCUGAGAAAAGAAGAAAAAAUACCCAACCAAUCACCUAACCUAUUGAAUCAGAAUGAACCCAGGCAAUCACAGCCCUUGGUAUCAUCACACACAACAACUCAUCCUCAAAGCCAAGUUUCAGGCCCAGAGUCCCUGAGAAAAGAAGAAAAAAUACCCAACCAAUCACCUGACCUAUUGAAUCAGAAUGAACCCAGGGCAAGUGCAUUUCAUCAGUUGGAGAAGAAGCAAUCACAGCCCUUGGUUUCAUCACACACAACAACUCAUCCUCAAAGCCAAGUUUCAGAUCUAGAGUCCCUGAGAAAAGAAGAAAGAAUACCCAACCAAUCACCUGACCUAUUGAAUCAGAAUGAACCCAGUUCAAGUGCAUGUCAUCAGCUGGAGGAGAAGGCCUUCGAAGUGCAGUCUGAUUUUGAGAUUGUAUCUGCUGCUAAAUCUAAGGACUUGGGAGCAUCAGAGAUCCAGGAGUCACUGGCUACUCUGGAAAGUGAAGUUUCAGGAGCAGAAGCAGCUGAGAACUUAUCACCUGCCCUCACAGAAGCUACAGUAGAAACUGCCUCAGUUGAGAGUUCAAGAGAGAGUUCAGAGCAUCGGAGGAGAUGGGAGGAGGGCCAUAUCGAUUACAUGGGCAGAGAUGCUUUUGAAAAUAUCCGAAUAAAGCUUGAUCAGUUCCUUAAAUAACAGGAUAUUUAUGCACAUAUUCACAGGUCCAGGGGUUCUCAUGCAGAAACAAGUUCUCCAAAUAAGGCAUGCCAGCUAACAUCUUCUGCGGCAGUGCCGUCAGCCCG